UUAACAUUUUUUUUGUUAAAAAUCCUGAAAUAACUAUCAAAAAGUAGUAAAAAUCUACUUUUAACAUUUUAAAAGCAGAAAUUUCUUAAAAAUCCAUCAAAAAAUGUCCGAGGAAAAGGAAGAUAUGGAAGUUGUCGAGAUCGACGACGAUACAUUGUCUUCUGAGAGCGAAGAUGAAGAAGCCGACAACCAAAAUCUUCUCCUGUACCUCGAGGCGCUUCAGAGAAUCAACGAGAACAAGUACAGCUAUAACGAUUACAUCCAACUCGUCGAUGUUUCAUUUAAAAUUUCUGACUUGGAUAAAAUUCGUGAGGCAUACGAUUUAUUCGCUGCAGUUUUUCCCAUUGCCCCGAAUUUGUGGGCUAAAAGGCUUAAAAUCGAGUCUUCGCUGGCUUCGACGGAAGAAGAUCUCGUUUAUGUCGAUAAAUUAUACAAAAAAGCCCUCGGGGAUUACUUUUGUGCUGAAAUCGCCUUCGAAUAUGCGGAUUUUUUGAUCAAACUUCCCAAUCCGGUCAACUUUUGGAACGAAAUUUUGUAUCCUUAUGCCUUGGAUUGCAUGAAAGGGUCGCAAAUUUUCAAACUUUGGCGUGAAAAUGUAUAUGAAGAGCUCGAAGAGACGCCGGAAAAGCCUCAAGCCAUAUGUGAUUUCUUCGAAAGUGAGAUUGAGCUGCCUUUAUUCGCGCUUGACGAUACUUUUUUGGAGUUUAAAUCGUUUUACGAGACGCAUAAGGAGCAACUUUCGACCUGUGAUUGGAGUAAAAUCGAAGAAAAAUAUCAAAAAACACGAAAAACUUUACAACUAAUCUUACCUUUUGAGAAAAAAUUGAAUCAGCUCGAUAAGGGAAGUCAUCAGGACCGUGCCAAUUUGUAUCGUGAAUACAUCGAGACGUGUCGAAAAAGUCUUCCAACGAAAAUUGUCGUUGUUUUGUACGAACGAAUGGUCACCGAUUGUUGCUUGGAUGCCAAUGUUUGGUUGGAUUACGUCACUUUUUUGCAAGAAAACAAAGAUUCUAUGGAAAAACUUCGUUCCGAGCACAAUUCUGUGGUUUUUCGACAAACGCCGCUCGAUGUUAUAAAUCGCUCGUUGCGAAAUUGCACAUGGAGUCACUUGUUGUACAUCGAAAAAAUGCGAAUUAUGGAGCAAAAUGACGCAAAAUGGGAAGAUGUUCAAACAAUUUUGGAAGAAGCAACUGUGGCGGGCUUCCAAACGCCCGAACCGAUCGUCAGUAUUUGGCUGGAGUACCUCACAUAUCUCGCCCGGAAGACAGAUUUUCAAAAAGACACCGAACGAGAGAAUCUCCGGCGCAAUUUUCAGUUCGCAUGGGACACUUUAGGACGAGAUUGGGGCGCUUUAGCGGAUUCGCAAUGCAAAAUCCUGCAAUAUUGGAGCAAGCUGGAGUAUGGAAAGUUGGGAAGUGCAGUAAAGGGACGCGAUUUGUGGUAUACCGUCAUGGAAAGUUCGGAUAAUUCGACGAAAGCGAGUCUCUGGAUCGAAUUUGCGUAUCUUGAACUGCAACGAGGACUCGAAGCAGCACGAAAAAUCUACAAAAAAGCAGUUUCAACCCCAAAUAUGGAUGAUUUGGAGUCUCUUGUGUCUUCGUGGAUCCAAUUUGAGCGUUGUUACGGUUCAUUGGCUCAGUUAAAGUCGUGUCAGGAAUAUUGUUUGCCCAUUUUAGCGCAUCAUAGACACCGAAAACAGACAAAGGGAUCGAGAAAAGGCGAUGAAAAGCCCCAAAAAGGCGCGAAAAAUGAGGAAAAUCGAAAAUCUGACACGAAAACGACCAAAAGAAAGAAUCAAGAGGAAGAAAAUGCGGGAAAUUCCGAAGAUAAAGGCAAAAAAAAGUUAAAAGCAGCUGAAACGGAUGAUGAAUUGCCGUGUGCGUUGGAGCAUGUGAAGCUAAAUCAAGACCUACACAAGGAAGGGGAUACGGAAAUCGAUAAAUCCAAAGAUCACGUGACAGUUUUCUUUAGCAAUCUUAAUUACGACAUCACCGAAGAUCGUAUAAAGGCGAGUUUUCCGGAAUUGUCGAUCAAAAAUGUAAAUUUAAUCAAAAAUGCGACAGGAAAAACGCGUGGAUACGGUUAUAUCGAGUUAGACUCAGAGUUAGAAGUUGAAAAAGCCCUCGCUCUCGAUCGCAAAGAGCUCGAUGGACGUCCCGUGUACAUUUCCAAGAUAAAUCGGGACAAAAGUGAACGUCAAAAAUUCCGUUACGCCACAGAUUUGGAGCCAAAUAAGCUUUUUGUGCGUGGUUUGCCCUUCGAAAUGACCCAAGAACAAGUUCACGAGCUCUUCGCCAAAUACGGAAAACUCAAGGACGUUCGUUUAGUCGUGCAUAAAAGCGGAAAAUCCAAGGGAUUCGCAUAUGUCGAGUUUGAGAACAAAAAUGACGCGAGCAAUGCAAUACUGAAACUCGAUCAAACGGAUUUGCAAGGCUUUAAAUUGCAAGUUGCCAUUUCGGCGCCGCCUCCGAGAGCGAAACAGGAAACAAAACGGCGUGAAUUUCCCGUGAAUUUGGGCGGAGCGAAGAGACAGGUACAUCAAGGAGAUGCUAAGCCGAGAAUUUCGUUGAUUCCGAUGAGUGUGCAGAAGAAAGUUCUUGGCGCCGAGACACAAAACAAGCCGAAGUCGAAUGAAGAGUUUAGAAAAAUGCUUUUGAACAAGUAAUUUUUUGAUGGAUUUUUAGUUUUCUUGGAGAUUUUUUUGUUUGUUUCUUGAAAAAAACAAAACAACUGGAUUGUAAUUUAUCAUUGUGUUUAGCAUUUCUCAGAAAAAAAUUUUUUUUUUGAAAUAAAGUUGAAGAAUGAAUUUGUA